AUGCCAAAGCCAGCACCCCGAUUUGCGAUGGGACACAUACUUCCCCGUCGCAGCAAUGUUGGGUCUCAGUUUUUGUACACACAAAAACAUGGGGCUCGCAAUGUUUGGUACAAGAAGCAGUACUUUUCUGUCCGACCUUUUGCCAUUCAACGACAUCGAGGCACAACUCCGCGUAUUCUUCUUGACCGUAGUCUAUGGAAAUCCGUUUGGCUUACCAAGGUAAACCUUCCCGAUAUCAAUCGUUGGGAGCGUGUAGUGAACAGUCAGCGUGUGAACGAGGAUAGAUACGCCUUGGUUGAAGAAGAGGGUAUGAUGCAUAAAGUAAACUGGGGGCUUUAUUGCGAACGGUUAGAGACAGAAUUGACGGCCUCUCUGGAACGAUUGCCACAAUACACACUUUUGAUGAAGGCAGUUCCUUCAAGUUGGAAAAAGCUUGAUAUCGAAAUUAGCGUUAUGCGUGGAUUGUCCCUGCGGGAGGCUAUGGCACAAUGCAAGCUGUCCAUGCGAAAGGGGCAUCAAAUUGUUUUUCGUGCCCUUGAAAUUGCACAGCAAGGGGCUGAAGCGAAAGGGCUCGACAAGGAGCAUUUGCGCAUCGCUCACAUUUCUUGCUUUCCAGGUCCGACAGAUAAGCAGAUCGACAUCCGCAGCCGCGGAUAUUAUGCGUGGAAAACGAAGCGGUCUUCUCAUUUAAUUCUCAUAUUGGCCGAAGAUCCAGAGAUGGUGCUUCCUGAUCGUACCUCCAUACCCUACGCCUCUCUUUUGUCCAUGAGGCGUGCUGGACUAUCCACGGAGCCCACAGUUCUAGAUGUCCCUGCCAUCACCGCCGAUGGUAUCUAG